GAGGGAGGGAGGGAUUUCAAGAUGAUCUUGCCAUCUUCUUAUCUGGUAAUUACCAAGAAGACUCGUCACGCUACUCGACUUGGACAAAUCUCGAUUUGCAAUGAAACCCUAAUAGCAAAGUGCAGAUGAGUGCUGCCAAUCUGAACGCCGUAUUCUAUGCCAACUCUUACCAUCCAAUCCAGGCCGGAAGCAUCGACGGCACAGACAUCGUCCCUCAUGACAACGGGGUCUUCAGAGCUGUCCUCUGCUCCGCCGCCGGCCUCUAUGACCCCGCUGGUGAUCCCAAGAUCAUUGGCGAUUCCUACUGCACCCUCUUCGUGGCACGGCUUUCUCGUCAGACAAGCGAAGAAACGCUUCGAAAGGCCAUGAGCGCGUAUGGAAAGGUCAAGAACCUGCGAUUGGUUCGGGAUAUAGUCACUGGUGCCUCACGUGGUUACGCGUUUGUUGAAUUUGAAACUGAAAGAGAAAUGCGACAUGCAUACAUGGAUGCGCAUCAUUCAAUCAUUGAUGACACUGAAGUGAUUGUAGAUUAUAACAGGCAGCAAUUAAUGCCUGGGUGGAUUCCAAGGAGGUUAGGCGGGGGACUUGGUGGAAAAAAGGAAUCUGGUCAACUUCGCUUUGGAGGUCGAGAGAGACCAUUUCGAGCCCCUUUGCGUCCAAUCCCAUAUGAUGAUUUGAAAAGGCUUGGCAUUCCGCUACCUCCUGAAGGGCGGUUCUUAUCCCGCUUUCAGGUUCCAUCACCCCCAAGGCGUGUCAAUCACAUGGAAGGGGAAGAAGAUUCACCUACCAGGCAUAGGGCAUUUGGGGAUAAGGAAGAUGCUCCCCCAACGAGAAGCAGUAGACCUGCAAAUUAUCAGGAAGAUUCGAAAUUGAGAUACCAAAGGUUGGAGGAAAGGGAAGAGAUUCCAUCUAAAUCUGGGGACGACUCACAUUCAAGACACUUAAGACACCUAAGAUCAGAGGAUGCGAAAGAGGUUCCAGCUAAAUCGAAGAACAGCUAUACUGUAAGAGAGGAAUCACCCCAUCGGCACAGGAGAUCUGUUGAUGAUGGCUCGAGAAGAAGAAGAAGAAGAAGUAGAAGCCCAUCUGAUGGAGCUGAUUCAUCACAUAAACCCCACAGGGAUUAUACUGAACGAUCACAUCGGCACAAGAAGUGAUUACCAAUUUGAGAGUUCAAUUUAUUGUUUGAUUCUACUCUUUGUCCGACAGUUCACCUUUGAAGCUUGAAAUAGAAUCACGUUUAAGGGGAUUUCUGUACCAAAGUAAGAAUGCUCAAAGCUUGAACCAUAGGUUAGUCGAAGUUGCUCAAAACCUGUAUUUUACGCGCAUCAAGUUGCAUUCCGUUUUAAUGUGAUUCCUAAGUAAGACACGCUCAGGUACGUAGAUUUGAUGGCCUGAUGUUCCAAGCUCAUUACCUGUGGCUGUGGUCAGCCAAGAAACAUGAACUAGGUGCUUAUAACAAAGACUUCAAGAAAGAACGUGUUGUACGUACCUUCCUAUAAGAGAUCCUUAAAACAAAUUUAUUGCAAGUCUUCCUUUUAUAUCAUUUAAGGUUGGAGUA